AUGCAGAAAGCGACCUACUACGAUAACACAGCAGCUCUGUUUGGAGGUUAUUCCUACCCUGGCAGCAAUGGCUUCGGUUACGACGGGCCCACCCAGCCCCCCUUCCAAUCCGCCACGCAUUUGGAAGGAGACUACCAGCGUUCGGCCUGCUCACUCCAGGCUCUGGGCAACACGACCCCCCAUGGCAAAAGCAAAGAGUUGAACGGCAGCUGUAUGAGGCCUGGCUUGGCCCCGGAGCACCACUCGGCCCCCCCUCCGGGUUCGCCCCCUCCCAAUGCCGCCCCAACCAGCACCAGUAGCAACAGCAAUAAUGCCAGUGGGCCCAGCAAAAAUGCUCCCCCCAAAUGCGGCCCCGGCUCCAACUCCACCCUCAGCAAACAGAUUUUUCCCUGGAUGAAAGAGUCAAGGCAAAACUCCAAACUGAAAAACAGCUCCCCCAGCACAGAAAGCUGCGGCGGCGGCGGUGGCAGUGGUGGAGGCGGCGGAGGCGGAGGGGGUGGGGGUGGUGGGGGAGGCGGGGGAGGGGACAAGAGCCCGCCAGGAUCCUCGGCCUCCAAACGAGCCCGGACAGCCUACACCAGCGCUCAGCUGGUGGAGCUGGAGAAGGAGUUUCAUUUCAAUCGCUACCUGUGCCGGCCUCGCCGGGUGGAAAUGGCCAACUUACUCAACCUGAGCGAGCGCCAGAUCAAGAUUUGGUUCCAGAACCGGCGGAUGAAAUAUAAGAAGGACCAGAAGUCCAAGGGGCUCGGCUCGUCGUCCGGGGGCCCAUCCCCGGCCGGCAGCCCCCCUCAGCCCAUGCAAUCUACAGCGGGCUUCAUGAACGCCUUACAUACCAUGACCUCCAGCUAUGAGACCCCGUCCCCUCCUGCCUUCGGCAAACCCCACCAGAAUGCCUAUGCUUUGCCGUCGAACUACCAACCGCCACUCAAAGGCUGUGCAGCCCCGCAGAAGUACACAUCCAACCCCGCGCCGCCUGAGUACGAACCCCACGUCCUCCAAGGCAACGGGGGAGCCUAUAGUACACCGAGCAUGCAAAGCAGCCCUGUGUACGUCGGUGGGGGGGGGUACGUGGAUCCACUACCGCCCCCUGCUGGCCCCUCCCUGUAUGGCAUCAACCACCUAUCCCACCAUCCGUCGGGGAACCUGGACUACAACGGGGCACCCUCUAUGGCCCCCAGCCAGCACCACGGACCUUGCGACCCACACCCCACCUACACAGACCUUUCUUCUCACCAUGCGCCUCCUCAGGGUAGAAUCCAAGAAGCGCCCAAAUUGACACACCUGUGAUGGGAGAAGUGAGGGAGGUGGGGUGGAGGAGCACAAGGAGGAAAGGUGUAGGAAAGAGCCAGCCAGACUGAGAUUGCCCAGAGGUGAUGGAGAGG